AUGCAACCAUUAACGGAAUCUGUAGUCGAUAAUUCAGCCUUUUGCGAUGGCGAGGAAGAGGCUGGGCAGGCGCUGACUGCACUGGCACCUAUUGAGGAGACAAGCCCGCUCGGAUACAAUUUCGGUUUCGCCAAUGCAACGUUGAUGAACAUCUCUGCGAUGGCAAGCAAAGAUUUGCAAGCUAUUAUGAAUGGAGUUGCGGCGUUCUUCCAAAUGGGGUGCUUGCUUUUGGUAUCCGCGACAGGUUUAGCCUGUCUAUUAGGCUGGACAACAGUUCCUAAUAGCGGCAGCCUUCGACGUCCUUUUGAAGGGUCUCGGUACGAGGCAAACCCCUUUGCUACGUCUGUGGUAAAGGUCCUUUACAGCUUUCUAGGGUGGAACUCGGUCAUAGGACUCAUGGCUGAAGUCAAGGGUCGCCGCCCUGUUCGCACUAUCCGAAGGGCCGGUAUCACAUCGGUGCUGAUCGCAACUUUUUUAUUCAUUGCCACCAUCCUAUCAUUUUCUAUCAUUCUCACAAAAGAGGAAAUGAAAAACGCUGACGAAGUGCUGGGCGUGAUAUUCUUGAGAAAGGUUUAUGGGGAUACCGUGGCCACUAAAUUAUUUCCUAUUCUCGUUGGGAUCAAUGCAUUUGGAGGAAUUGUAGCAGGGACACUACAGUAUGGAAGAAUGCUCCGAGAAGCAGGAAGACAAGGAACUAUACCAUUUGCCGCAUUUUGGAGCCGAGUCGGAAGAUUCAAGACACCGUACGGACCUGCGUUGUUGAAAUGGGCCAUGGCUAUUCUUCUGAUAGUCCUUGCCCCUGCACAAGAUGCGGUUGUAUUUUUGAUCGAUCUCACUUCUUAUCCCGCUCUGGUCUUCUCCUUGUUGAUAGGAUGCGGUGUCUGGAUAUUAAGGCGUCGUAGAGAAAGACUUGGAUUACCAGAGCACGCAUACAAGGCCCCCAAUAUCGCUGUAGUUGUGUAUGUUGUACAGAGCAUUGCAUUAAUUAUUAUGCCAUGGAUCCCGCCAAAGGGUGGAUCCAAGGGUGGCGACGUGGGUUUCUUUUAUGCAGCUUACUGCAUUUUUGCCAUUAUAAUUUUACUGCUGUCUGGAUUCUACUACUGGGUGCGACUUUGUGCACUACCCCAGUGGUUCGGCUACGAACUUGUAGAGGAAACAGUUCCUCUUCCGGGAGGCGUCAAGAUUACUGCACUCAAAAAGGUAUACAAGUAUAUGGAUGAUCAACAGGAGCCUUUGCUGGGAGGGCGAACAGAGACUUAA